AACAACGAAACAAAAACUUAUAUUACUGCAAAAGUGAAUUUAAACUUUAUUGACAAAUACAUAAAAAUAUUUUUUUUUAUCACUUAGUGAUAUUUAGUUAUUUCACGGUUGAUAAAAUGUGUUGUUUACGUUGCCGUAUCGCUACAAUAUAUGGCAGAAAGAAAUAAAUGAGUGAUGUGGGCGAAAGACCGAAGACUCGAAGACCAGUGCGAAGGCAAAGGUCUAUUUAUCAGGUGCAUUACAGUCUCCGCCCGAGAGAGGACGAGAUGAUGGCCAAGCCGCUCGCCAUGCCGUCGGGCCCGCUGCAGGUGCACGCCUUCGAGCUGCAAGUCGCUGGACACAAGAAUGACAAGACCGACACGCGGUACAUGGGAUUACUCCAAUGCAGCAACGGCAGAGUCCUCAAACCAAUCAUAAAGGAAUGCCAGAAGCGAGAAGUAGAAUUCUAUUCCCGGGUGUGGUCUUCCAAUGAUCCAGAUCUGGUGGAACUUAGGAAGUACAUCCCAAAGUAUUACGGCUGCAAGAAGUUCACUUACAAUGGAUACGAACAGGAGUAUAUCAUGCUAGAAGAUUUAACAGAGAGGAUGCUGGAACCGUGUAUUAUGGAUGUGAAAAUUGGCAGAAGAACAUGGGAUCCGCUCGCAACAGAAGAGAAGAUUAAGAAAGAACAAAGCAAGUACAAACAAUGUAAAGAAGAAUAUGGUUUCUGCAUACCCGGCUACCAAGUGUACAAGCUAGCCACGGGUAAGCUGCAGAAGUACAACAAGGACUACGGGAAGAAAUUACAUGGGACCAUGGUUAGGACAGCCGUGAAGAACUUCCUGAACGGCGGGGGCGGCGCGGGGGGCGGGGGCGGCGCAGGGGGCGCGGGGGCCGCGGGCGGCGCGGUGUGCCGCGCGCUGCUGCUGCAGCUGCUGGCGGCGCUGUGGGCGCUGCAGCGCUGGGCGGCGCGCGCGCGGCCGCUGUCGCUGUUCGCCGCGUCGCUGCUGCUCGUGUACGACGCCGCCCGCCUGCGCGCCUGCUGCGACGAGCCGCCCGCAUCGCGUAUGCAAUGUCGCCCGCCGUCGAUACCUCGGAGGAAAUCGAUUCAUUCGAUGCACAGUCCCGUGGCGGGGUCCAACUUUAGCGGUCAGAUCUCCUCCAAGGGCCCCGUUUACAGAAAAGUCAAUUCCGUUCCCAUAUCUCCGAUGAGUCUCACCAGGGAAUCCUUCUCCUCGCCUCCCCCGAUCAAGUCUCCUUGGACCGAGGCCCUGGAGAAGCUGAACAACAGCCACUCCUUCGAGCAUAAUUACGAAGACAAAUUGUCGAAGAUCAAGAUGAACUACAGGGCGUUGUUGGAUCAGCUGUCGAGCGACUCCCCGAACCCGAAUCCGUGGGGGACCGUGAAGAUAAUAGACUUCGUGCACGCUUUCUUCAAUGACGAGGACGAAGCAAAAGUUGACACCAAUUUCAGAGAUGGAAUAGACAGCUUAGUUGAAAUAUUUGAAUCUUUAUUGAGAGAGACCGACGAUCAGGUUUUCUGAUAAUAUUUUUUCUUGUUACCGAUUUUUCGGGACGAAGGAUUAAACGCCAUGAUAUUUACUUAGUGGCAUUAAAAUAUCCAACAUCAACUAUACCAAAUGACUAAAACCGACUGGUUUUUUGAUCCAAAUCUUGAAUAAUAUUAUAUAUUAAUAGGCAUUUAUUAAAAUUAUUUUAGGGUCAUUUUUCAUUAUGUGAAAACAUAUAAGUUAUCUGUGCUCCAAGAUAUAUUCAAAUAAUGGUUUAUUUUAAAUGUCUUCGUUGUGCCAAAUUUAUUUGUACAGUAUUGUUCGAAAAAAAUCCUAUAAAUGAAAAAAUGUGCCAAUUUUAUUCAUA